UCUCGUGUGGACCGUUAUUGUCACAGUGCGCUUAGCCAACACAAGUCAGAGCUUUUUGCAGGAUAACGGCAACAACACAAUCCAGCCAAAAUGUCGAAAGUGGAAGGAGGAAUGAAGUGUGUCAAAUACCUUUUGUUCGUGUUCAACUUCAUCUUCUGGUUGAUGGGAUCCUUUGUUCUGGCGGUGGGACUUUGGCUGCGCUUUGAUCCAGAAACCGUGUCUCUUCUCAAUGGGGACAAGGCUCCAGACACGUUCUUCAUUGGUGUCUAUAUCCUGAUAAGUGCAGGCAGUAUGGUGAUGUUGGUCGGCUUCUUUGGCUGUUGUGGAGCUGUUCGGGAAUCUCAAUGCCUGCUUGGUUCAUUCUUUGCCUGUCUGAUGAUCAUCUUUGGUGCGGAGGUGGCAGCAGGGGUGUUUGGAUUCAUAAACAAAGACAAGAUUAUCAAAGACGUUCAGACCUUCUACACAACAACCUACAAUGAAAACAAUAACAGCACAUUAAUCAUUUCAUACCAGAAAGUAUUGAACUGCUGUGGGACCACAGAAAGCCCCUGCCCUGACCCCCCAACAGAUGCUAAAGACUGUAAGACAAGCAUCAAAGAGUUCUUCAACAGCAAACUCUACAUCAUUGGAUACGUGGGCAUCGGCAUCGCUGGAGUCAUGAUCAUUGGGAUGAUCUUCAGUAUGGUGCUCUGUUGUGCCAUUCGCAACACCAGGGAGGUCAUCUAAGCUGGACCCUUGACCUCUACCUCUUCUGUACCCAGCCCCAAAAGACUGUCCAUCCUUCAGAUGAAAUGUCAACCGUAUUUCUAUCAUCCUUCCAGGGACCCAGGAAAUAGAUCAUGUUCAAAAAUAACCUUUCCACUAUGGUGCUCAAACCAGCUAUCCUGGCAUCAUUUUCCACUACUUUAUUAUUUGCACUCCCAAGCAAAGUAGCACCCUCUUCCUUCCAUAACAUCCCGAUAAGACAAAAACAGCAGGAUCAGUGUGAUUUCUGAUGUUUACCUGACAAUCUGUCAAAUAGUUUUCCUCUUCGUGGCCAUUUGGUCACCAUUAUACAUUUCCACCCACAUACGGUUGCAGUAGUGUCAAUGCUUUUUCACACAGCCUUGCCACUGACCCCUCAACUGUGGGAAACCUUAGCCCCGAGAGAGCCAACCCAAGAGGUGAAAGCAAUGUUGUGUUACAUGAGAUCACAGCCUUAAAAAAAGGUUGGCUGGAGACUCGGAGGGAAUCCUGAUUGGUGCAAUCAGAUUGGGAUGUCACGAGGGAAUGGCCAGUGAAUGUUUCGGGAAUGCAUCCAUCGUACCGCCCCAGUGCUCUUAAACUCACACACAGUACACACUCUGUGUGAACUUCACAAUCAACAGAGAUGUGUCUUUACAGGAAAGAUCUGCAGUUAUCUGAAAUGAACAGUUCAUCGUCUUGGAGAAGAAGCAUAUUCGCUUUGUUGUCGGGAGAUAGUUGAGGAGAUUGAAGCCAGCAGUCGGUCGGUUAAGCUGUAUCUCAUAUUGACUUUAAAGAAAUGAGAGUGGAAUUGAUCUUCUCAUCUCACUCUUGGCUAGAAUGUAAAUAAGUAUAUUUCCUCACGAUUCCUUUAGUUUUAGGCCAUUUACAACAAGUCCUGCAUACUGUAUAUAGUUCAAACAAUCCACACCAGCUGAACUAAAAAAACACAUUUUAUUUUUCGGACCCUGAAGAAAAUGCUCUCUUACAUAAGAGAGUAUUCCUGAGUCUCUGUUGACUGUAUAUCAAUAUCAUGUGGAUGUUAACUGGCAAAAGGCAGUCGGGCUGUGAAAUUGGGUUAUUCAAACCAGUAGUAUCUCUCCCCACCUCCAUCUUCUUCUUUCCCCUCUGUGCCUUAAAAGUACACCACCCGCAACAAAACAAAAACUGAGAAAUUUAUUCCGCUCACCUCUUCAAACGCAGCAGAUAAGAGGUUUAGAAAGACAAGCUCGACCUCCAAUGACUUCCUUUCAUAGGAUCACUCAGGCCGCUAAUUAAUUAAUGAGUUAAUUAUGUAGGACUGGUGUGUAAAUAUAUGUGACUUUCCUUGUAGAUGUACGUUACUUGUGGAUGAUAGUAGAAUCUACACACAGCUUGUUAAAUAGGGACUACACUGUAGAUAGAAGCAUGCAGUAGUUGCAUAAUGUCCAUGUAGUCAUGACAGUGUUUGCACUAGUCAAAGCAAAUCCACACCACUCACAGCUUCUUAACAUGCCUUUCUUUGAUAACGAGCUCUCUAAACAACGGGCUGUAAGAACGUAGUAACGCCUGUAGCUAAAAUGUACAUAUGUUUGUAGAGUUGGACUGCAAGUAAUUGUUACACACAUUCGACUUGCCAUUAUUGUUUUGGUGUGUCACACUUCUUCUCUGCUGGAGAGCUGGAGUGGUGGAAGCAACAACUUCUCUGCCAACUAUUUCAAAAGCCUCUUGGUCACAAGUGAGGAUAUAAAAAAGGCUUUUUUUCUCCACUCCAGCAGACGGUGUUUACUCUGAGGAGUGACACAGCAGAGUCACGAGACUGUCACUUCACAGGCUGUGUGGAGUUACAAUAGGAUGAACUAGGAACAGUUACGUGGGACUCAAUCAUCUUCUCAGUUGUAUUUGUUUCAACAAAUCUAGGGAUGUAAUGAACUGUGCACAUAAAAAGACAGCGCACAGUCGAGCCUUUCGUAGUUGAUUGUGUGUUAAUUUAUUUUGAUACCAUUCCAGGCUUCUCAGGAAGAUAGUUGUUUGAAGUUUAAUAAAGCUUUUAAAGUUGUAA